AUGGAUACAUACAUUGACAGCCGCUUCGAGCGCCUGGAAAAGGCUCUCGCAACGCUCAUUGACUCCGUCACGAAAUACCACCCCUCACCAAUCCAAGCAGAAGAGCUCAAGAACGCCGACAAUGAACUCUGCAAAGGCCUGGAGCAAGUCGAGAUCCAUCAGAGGAACCACCUCAAAAUCCAACAGCUCCGCCAAAUGUCCAACUCCCUCGACGCCCAGAUCCGCGAAACGCUCACCUCCCUCGCAACAACGCGCAAGGACCUCGUCACCACACAAGUCACCACCUACCCUUCCGAACCAAACUACCCGAUCUUAUACGAAGAGCUGCUCGGCUUCGCCCGCCGCAUCAGCAAGACCUCCAUGCCGCCCGCCGCCAUCCUCAACGCCAUGGCCGCCGCCGCCGCCGCGACGAAUCAAGACUCUCAGACGCCGGUUCCUGAUUCUCAGACCCAGAUGGCCAUGACGCCGUCGGCGCAGACUCCGAAUCCCAUGCAGAGUCCCGCUCCUACCAAUGGCGUAGCCGAACAACAGACGCAGGCCUCCGCGCAUACAAGUCUCCCCGACAACAUGAACCAGUUCCUCAACCCAUUAUCAGGCCAACUCUUCUUCCCCUGGCCGCUCGAAGACAAGAUCCGCUCCGGAGCACUAGCGUCCAAUCAGAUCCUCCUCGAACAAGGCAUUGACCCCCGCGGCUACGACCCCGUUGCCGAAGAAGAGCGCAAGCGCAAAGAAGAGGAAGAGCGCAAGGAGAGGGAAGAAAAGGAGAAGCAGGAGCGUGCUGAACGCGAGCGGGAAGCGGAGCGCCAGCGACAAGAGCGGGAACGAGCAAUUGAGAAGCAGCAGGCCGAGUGGCGCAGAGCGAGCACCGCCGCUGGUGCUUCUGGAGAUGCGGGCGUCGGUGGGCCGCCGAGUGCAAAGGCGGAGAAGAAGCAGUUUCAGUUUACGAAUCUGGAUGAUUUGGAUGACGAUGAUGAUGAGGACUAG